AUGUCACGGGAGAACCUUGUGCGGUUGUGGGUUGCUGAAGGAUUUGCAAAGAAGAAAGAUAACAGCACACCGGAGGAAGUGGCUGAGUGGAAUCUCAUGGAACUCAUUGGCCGGAAUAUGUUGGAAGUUCUGGAGAGAGAUGAGCUCUUUGGGGUUAGUACAUGUAAGAUGCAUGACCUUGUUCGUGACCUGUCUCCUGCUGUUGCUAAAGAGGAGAGGUUUGGCUCCGCGAGUGAUCAGAGCGAAGUGAAGGACAUGGAUAAAGAAGUUCGCCAAUUCUCAACAUGUGGUUGGAGAGAUAAUAUGGCAGCUGCUCCAGAAGUGGAAUUUCCACGACUCAGGACCGUGAUAUCACUCUCAGCGGCUUUGUCCUCUACCAACAUGAUUUCCUCAGUUUUGUCUGGAUCCAACUACCUUACAGUUCUCGAGCUUCAAGACUCUGCAAUAGUCCAAGUGCCAGAAUCCAUCGGGAAUAUGUUCAAUCUUCGCUACAUUGGCUUAAGGCGCACCAAAGUUCAGUCACUGCCAGAUACUAUUGAAAAACUCUCAAACCUUGAGACGUUGGAUGUCAAGCAAACAAGAAUAGAAAAGCUACCACCAGGUAUUGUAAAGGUUGAGAGGCUACGACACCUUUUAGCUGACAAGUUUGCUGACGAGAAGCAGGUGGAGUUCCGGUACUUUAUCGGAGUGGAAGCGCCGAAAAAGCUUUCCAACUUUAAAGAAUUGCAAACUCUUGAGACCGUCCAUGCCAGCAAGGACUUGCCACUACAACUGAAAGAAAUGAAAGAGCUGCGGACUGUUUGGAUUGAUAACAUCAAUGGAUCUAAUUGUGAUGACCUUUUCAAGACCCUCUCAGAUAGGCCCCAACUUUCCAGCUUACUUCUCUCUGCAUGUGAUGUCAAGGAGACGAUUUCUUUCCAAGCACUCAAGCCAGUGUCCAAAAAUUUCCACAGACUAAUCAUUAGAGGUGGCUGGGCCGAUGGGACACUCAAUUGUCCAAUAUUUCAGGGUCAUGGGAAGAAUCUCAAGUAUCUCGCGCUAAGUUGGUGCGAUCUUGGGAGUGAAGACCCCCUGGAGUUACUUGCAACUCAUCUGCCAGCUCUCACUUACCUCACUCUAAACAAGGUGAGAUGUGCAGGUGCGUUGGUUCUUUCUGCAGGGUGCUUCCCUCAGCUUAAGACACUCGUCUUGAAGAACAUGCUUGAUGUCAAGAAACUGGACAUUUUAGAGGGCGCCAUUCCAUACAUUGAUGGGAUCUACAUCAUGUCACUCUCGGAGCUGAGUACGGUCCCUUGUGGCAUCGAAUCCCUUGGAUCUCUCAAGAAGCUCUGGAUGCUGUACCUGCACAAGGGCUUCAAGGAUGACUGGGAUCAGAAGGAGAUGCACAACAGGAUGAAGCAUGUUCUAGAGCUCCGUGCCUAG